GACAGCGCAACCCAUGCCACAGAAUCACCGGUUCGUUUUCUCGCGAUGAAGUCCAAAGGGGCUGGUUCGCAGAAGUCAAAAGCUGGCCGGAAUGUGGAUUACAACUGGGAUUGCUUGCAACGUGAUGACAUAUACAGACAAAGGGUGCUUGGAACUGAAUCUGGCGCCAGCAAUUUCAUCCAAAUGGAUGACAAGAAGCAACUCAGCGUGCUGUCCAUGAUCAUUUACAUCAUUUUGAUUUUGUCUGCAAUGAACUUUGUAUGGAAGGGAGGAGUCAUUGAAGCAAAGUUUGUAGUGACGCGGGCUGUGCAACAGUGGGUCAACAAUCGACACUUUGACCUCAUGAUGACGCCAAAGUCCUUCAGUGAUAUCAAUCACUUGGACCAUGUCAAGGAUUGGCUGCGCUACGCACUGCCCAUCAUCAUCUCUCCACCGGUACAGCAGGCAAAUUUUCCGCUGUAUGGGGUCCGCUUUUCGCUGAGGAAUGUCAAGACCUUCAACAAUACCGAGCCACGAUUCCGGGAGUUGGCACAGGUGACAUGGAAUGACAAAGUGGGAAUUGACCAAUCUGCCUCUUCCACAGUGAGUUCUUUUACGGGAAGCUAUGACAAUGAUGAUACGCUGAGCUUCGGGGCUUUCCGAGAAUUUGGUUUCAACAGCGACGCGGCUAAAAGGGUCUUUAGCGGUGAAGCCACGGCUGCGGAAAUCACCAGUUUUUCCCUCUCGCUUCAGUGGUGCUCAGCACCGAUGGCCACAUGUAGUGGGGAGCUCUUGAGUGAUUACUUCUACGAUCGUUCCAAAAGUACCGAUGAUAUUGUGGAUCACUGCAAUUCUCGGUGUGAACAGCUUGAGUCCAAAGGCCGUUUGUGUCAUUGCUGGACCUUGACAACGACUCAUUGCAACUUCUAUCAUGUGCCUCAAGAGCUGCUGCAAAGCAGUUCUCCUGUUGAUUCUCCUUGUUGGAACCAUACAAAUGGUGUGAAUGUCUACCCAACACUCAUCGAGCCUACAAAUGGGAGGACUUCAUACUUUCCGUUGAUGAAGCGUUUUGUUCACACCGACUCCAAAGCUACUGGAGGUAGAUUCUCAGAAGCCUAUGGAAAAAGCAAGGGCUUUCUGCAGGGCUUGAACUUUUGGACACAAGAGCAAGUAGACAACCUUGUGGCGUUGCAACAGACUUUAUCAAACCGAAGCAAUGCGAGGUCAUCGCCCUCGUCCCAGGGACUGAUGUUCCAGCAAUUAAAUGACUGGAUCUUGGGAGGCUUCUUGGGGCCAACCACUGGCUACUUAGUUGUGGAUUGGAUGAAUUGGAAUCCAAACCAUGAUGUCGUGAGCUGGGUGGUCUUGAAGUUUAAGGCAGAUGCUUCUGGCCUAAUAACUACCGGCCGAAGUAUCAAUCACUUGGUCAUUCCCCAAUCGGAUUUAGACUUGCUACGAUCUGAUCCCAAGUCAUUCUUUUGGCCUGGCUUCAAUGUUUGGCAUGCUCUUUACAUUCUUUUGGUGGCAUACUAUGUCUUGAAAGAGUUCUACGAGCUUAUUUCAACAGGAUUGCGCUACUUCACUGGUUGGCAGCUUGUGGUAGAUGUUGGCCUGUUGCUGCACAUGACAGUGAUAGGCUUGAGGUACUACCAUCACACUACCACCACCUUCACCAAAGACUUGGCCACUGCAAAUCAGGGUGAGAAUGCCAACUUAGACAUUUCCGACUUCGAGCAGGAGGCUGUGGCCUGGAGCAAUUUCCUUUUGGCCUCGUGCUUCAUGAUGGUUUUCCUUUUCGGAGCCUUGGUCCAAUAUUUGUCUGACUUAGUGCCUCGGAUCUCCGUGCUGGUCCACACAGUGAGCCGCUCUAUUACCCCGGUCUUCUUCCUGGUGAUCAUCCUUUGUGAUGUGUUCUUCGCCUUUGUGAUUUGGUGCAAUUUGUUAUUUGGCAAAUCGGUGAAGGACUUCAAUAGCAUUCCAGUCUCCGCUAUCUCGUUGACUGAAAUGCUUUUUGGACGACUUGAUGUUGUGGAAGACUUGCGAGUUGCGUUUCCGAUCACGGGAUUCUUCUUCUACCUUUUCUUCAUGGUUCUGUUCUUCUUCAUUUUGCAGUACCUCAGCAGGGCUAUUGUGUUGACAUCCUUCGAUGACGCGAGUAGAAGUUUUGAAGACCGGCAAAAGGCACAGUUCAUAGCGACUGACGAAGUGGCAUCUUUCUUGAAAUUGCAGGUGGCUUGGGUCAAAAAGGCUUUUCACCUCAACGUCAGAGCUCGAGAUCUCAAAAGCGCAGGUGGGAUGCAGCCUUACCCAACCCACAAGUUGGGGCUCAUCCCAUUCACAUUCUACUGUGCUAUCUAUGUGAUCUUUGUCUCGGCGGUGCUUUGGGUACCAGAAGGGCAUGAUGUCAUUGAAUCUUUGACUUCAGCUUUGCAGAGACCCACCUUGGGCCCCAAAGGCAAUCCUUUGUCCCGAGAGAUCAACUACGAUCUCGAUUUUGAUCGCAUCGAGACCAGGGAAGAUGUUCUUCGAUGGCUGGCGGUCUCAUUGCCGAAGGCCUUGUACAACUCUUCUGAAAGCGGCAAUGUCUUGUCAAACUAUCCAGCCGCUCCAGAGUACAAGCAGGUGGUAAUCAAUGACUGGAACAUUUUGAUGGGGCAGACGCCUGUCCGCUUGUCGCUUUCGUAUGAUCAUCUAUCCCAAGUCUCCAACAACAGCGUCACUUCCCGGCUUCCUGUUCCUCAGCUCGUCCGCCAACCCGAUUCGCCCGAUUCGCCGGUGACGACCAAGGAGGGCUUGAAGGACCAAAGGGCUCAGCAGGUGCUGCACCGUUACUGUGGCAACUACAGUGUAGAAGAAAAAGGCUUCAGCUGUAUGUUGAGUGUAGACCCAGCAGUCACCAUCCCGGCAUUGCUGGAGAUGCGCUUGAAUGGUAUUGCGACAAAUCAGACAAGAGAAGUGAAGUUGGAUUUUGUUGCAUACAAUGGCUUCCUUGACAUGUUCUUCUAUGUUGCCAUCGUGUUUGAUUUCACCACGAGUGGCUACAUUGACAAGGCGAUCAAUGUCAAUCCCAUAAAACUUCCAGAUUUGUCUUCGAGCUUCUUUCCAAUUCGGUUGAUUCUUGAGAUCGUCAUCAUUCUUUUCACAGUGGGGCGGCUGUCAAAAUGCAUGCGAGCCAUCUACAGGGUGGCCCUGGCUGGUAUCAACAAAGGCAACAAAGGCCAAGCAAAGGCUUUCGGCCACCGACUCAUUGUGGUGAUACAGGUCUUGGUCUACCACAUCCUGCAGCAACCUUCCAUUCUCUUUGACUUUUUGAGCGGCAUUACCACGAUUGUGACCCUUGUCAUGUGGUACUCCUUUGUCCUGCUAGAUCUUUCGCAGAGUUUCUACUUUGCUGAAACGCCUAACUGGACACCGGCACAGUGCGCACUCACCGGCAUAUGCAGUGAUGCUGCUGCCAUUUCCAAGUUCGCAAGGGCAAGCCAGCAAAUGAAGUUCUUCACACAGGUUUGCGCUGCAAACACCAUUUUCCUCUUUCUGGGCUACCAGAAGUACUUGUCGGCCUUUCCCACAGGCAGGAUCAUUGCCAAGGCAAUGCUAAGUGGCUUUGCCGACAUCCUUUGCUUCUUCGUAGUGAUGGUCGUGCUGCUGAUGGGCUAUGUCUCCAUGGGGCACACCAUUUUCGGUACGUUGAUGAUCGACUUUUCCACCUUGGGCUACUCCUUGAUCACUUGCUUUCAGAUGUUUCUAGGUACGUUCCGAAGCUUUGCAGCCAUGAGACAGGCCAACAGCUUUGCUUACUAUUUUUACUGGUACACCUACAUGGUGCUCUUCAGGUAUGUUCUUGUGAACAUGUUCUUUGCCAUUGUCGCAAAGCACUUUCAGAGAGAAGACAACGAAUACAAGGAGCAAAGUGAGCAAAGUGAGCAACGACAGGAAAGUCAGGAGGCCUCUCGACUGAGCCUGAUGGCAGCAGCGAAAUUGGCAGCCAAAAGUCUUGUCGGUGUUUGGAGCUACAAGGAUGGAACUGAGAAGCUGGAGGAAGAAACCGAUGCAGGAAUAGAGAGCCUGGCAGGUGAAGAUUUGGAAGUCUUGAGCACUCCAAAGUCCGGCAGAGGGGUAGACACCCCCAUGUCAACUGAUUCGCCGUUGUUGGACGAUUCUUUCAUCACUGCCGAUUUGGUUGUGGAACCAAACUGGAAGUUCCUACCAGAUGAGACCCGGCAAUGGGCUGUGGACAAGGCCAAAGAGAUCUUCAGAUUCAUUCAGCAGAACAGCCGGCUACGUGAGGAGGUGGAGAAGCAUAACAACCAGCAGUUUGACAUUGACCACAUACAAGAGGAGGCCGAGACAUCAAUAACCGAGAAAGCCUUCAAUUUGGCCAAGAAAGCAGAGAAGGUAAAAUUGGACUUGAGCAAAGGGGAAUUGCGGUCACUUAAAGUGGUGCAUCGUGAUCAAGAAAGCCUAGCAUGGUACAUCAUGAAACGUGAGACAGAGCUGAAAAAGCUUGAAGAAGCCAAGACUAUGAUGCAAGAGCGCUACGAGAAUCUAGUGAAUGCCACGCAGUCAUUGAUUGCCACGGAGGAAGAACCCGACUCUUAGUGUGGGGUUGGAACGCAGGAUGACUCGGGAUGACAAUCAUCGUCGGGCUGACCACCCGGUGUCUCACUCCUGCGUGACAUUGCAUGUUUGUUUCGCAGCCAAGGCAUGAAAGUUUUAAUUCGGUCUCACUGUCAGUUUCACUGGUGUCACAUUGAGAAAAGGAGAUCGACUGGAAGUACAAGCAAGACGAUC